CAGCAAAGUCAUAAUUCAUCAAAAUUAUUAAAAAAAAAAUCAUCCUCUGUCUUGUAAGCCACAUACAAACGAUCAUCCCAACAAAACAUUGAAGUGAAAAUACAUAAAUGAUCAUUCCAAAUCAAUGCAAUUAAAGAAUCAGAUAGCCAAAAAUUGCUUUGGCCUUCAAUUCAAGAAUCUCCUCUUCUUCCCUCUUCAAAUAUAUCCCAACCCAAGUAAGCUGAACUGCACAAAGUUGAUGAGAAUCUGUUCGAUAUUGGCGUAAUUCAACUUAAUCAAAGACGAGUAAAGAUAGUGUAAAGGGUGCGGCUGAGGUCGGUCUGGCCUGCCGCCCUUGAAACAAGGAAAUAAAGGCCUACUUGUUUUUAAAAGGAUGAAAACUAGAAAACCAUCUGCAAGAUCCUCUUCACCUUCUUCUUCGUCUUCUCCCUCAGUUUCUCCUCACUACGCAACUACUUUAACUCAACAACAAACUCUUCCUUUAUUUUCCAAUAUGGUGCGAAAAUCCUCUCUUUUCAAACAAACCCUAAUCGCCACCCUUGUCUUCCUCCUCGCCAUCUACGCUUUGUUCACCAUUUUCUUCCACACCCCUCUCCCUCCCUCCGACCCUUCUUCCGACGACGACGACGUCGAGAUUUCUUCCCGUGAUAAUCUCAAUUUUCCCCUCAAACAAAUCGACGGCUCUGGUAUUGCCAAGAAAGUCAAAGUCUUUAUGUAUGAUCUCCCUCACAAGUUCACCUACGGCAUCAUCCAACAGCACGGCCUCGCACGUGGCGGAUCCCCCGUUGCUGACGUCACCAGCCUCAAAUACCCCGGUCACCAGCACAUGCACGAGUGGUUCCUUUUCUCCGACCUGGUUCGACCCGAAUCCGACCGCCUCGGAUCCCCUAUCGUUAAAGUCACUGACCCCGAGGAAGCCGACCUUUUCUACAUUCCCGUCUUUUCUUCGUUGAGCUUGAUUGUUAACGCGGGUCGGCCCCCGGGUUCGGGAUCGGGUUAUAGCGAUGAGCAAAUGCAGGAGGAGCUGGUAGAGUGGCUCAAGCGGCAGGAGUAUUGGAAGAGGAAUAACGGGUGGGAUAACGUCAUAAUUGCGGGGGAUCCUAAUGCACUUUAUCGGGUCGUGGAUCGGGUAAAAAAUGCUGUUUUGUUAGUUGCGGAUUUUGGCCGGUUGAGGCAGGAUCAAGGGUCAUUGGUGAAGGAUGUGAUAAUCCCUUAUUCGCAUCGGAUUAGCGCUUACACGGGAGAUUUUGGGGUCAAAGAGAGGAAAACCUUACUCUUUUUCAUGGGUAACCGAUAUAGAAAAGAGGGAGGCAAAAUUCGUGAUUUGCUUUUCCAGAUACUUGAAAAUGAUGAGGAUGUCGUAAUAAAACAUGGAACACAAUCCAGAGAGAACCGAAGAGCAGCUUCACACGGGAUGCACACGUCAAAGUUCUGUUUGAAUCCUGCAGGCGAUACUCCAUCAGCUUGCAGACUCUUUGAUUCUAUCGUUAGCUUGUGUGUCCCAGUGAUAGUCAGUGAUAGCAUUGAGUUGCCUUUUGAAGAUAUUAUAGACUACAAAAAGUUUUCAGUAUUUGUGGAAACUGCAGCUGCACUAAAACCAGGAUAUCUUGUUUCAUUGCUGAGAAAAGUACCUGCAGAGAAAAUAAUUGAAUAUCAGAAAGCAAUGAAAGAGGUGAAGCGGUACUACGACUAUACUCAUCCAAAUGGAACAGUUAAUGAAAUAUGGCGCCAAGUCUCUCAAAAGCUAGCUCUUAUAAAACUUAUGAUUAAUCGUGACAAGCGGCUUGUCAAGAAGGAUUUGAGUGAACCAAAUUGCUGCUGUCUUUGUUCAAACCAGACAGGAAUUAUCAGCUCCUUACGAUAACAACUUUAAUCUUUUUUGUGAUCCUUGAUAUUCAUCUGUCAAAUGGCUUUCGCUGAAUAUCAAUGAGAAGAUGCUGUACCGGACCAUGUCAGGCUUGAGGAAUAAUUUAUGAUACCCAUUUGCCUUUAGGGUGAGAUCUUCCCCCACUCGUAGAAGGGCUUCUUACAUACGUUGUUGUAGAGUAGAUUGAGGUUUUGAUUAUAGUUGAAAUUGUCAUUGAUUUGUACAUGAUAGAAAUAAAAAUAUAAGUGAUGCUUAUUCUUUGACGAAUUAGUAUUUGAUAUAUUGUUAGUAUAAAAUUUUAAUUUCACAUGUUUGAUAUUAAA